UUAACUAUGAGUUUCACUAACUUAUCCGGUGACACUUCAAAGUAGUUUAAUGUGUUAUAGGUGGACGCUGCAAAUUAAUUAAAUGUAUUGAAUUGUGUUUUUCUGCUAAUAAUGUAGCUAGCUAUUAGCCACAAUGUCCAGAAGAUGUUAACUCAUCUCAACACUUUGACCCUCUGGAGGAAAUGUAUGGUAGUCUUACUGUAUCAAGCGGCUAAAAGAGGCCGACAACAUCAAAUGGAAGCGGGAAAGCAGGUUGUUAAAUUACCUAAAUGACCCUGAGAAGUCAAAUGUCGGACAGACAUUGAACGUUAAUUUCUCCUCCACGUGCUGAUACCCGCACACAGCUCUGCUAAGAUGAUGCUAAGCUACGCUGCUGUUGCAGAGUCUUAAAUGCCCAUGUGGACAUGCAGAGGUACCGGUUGCCAGGUUAUGAGAUGCAGCUUCUUGGAGAGCUGCAGAGACAACAAAACAGCACCCAAUUCUGUGAUACCCUGUUGCAAACUGAGGGUAUCUCAGUCCCAACCCACAGCUGUGUCCUCGCAGCUCUCAGCCCUUACCUGUCUCAGAAGCUGUCAGCCAUCCCGUCUCCUCCAUCUGGCCAAAAGCGCCGACUCCAGCUCCAGGCUGUGAAGCCCCAGAUCCUGUUAAAGCUGAUUGGUCUGCUGUACUCUGGGGAGCUGGAGGUAAAAGGAAGCGUCGAGCAGAAUGACGUGCUGGCUGCAGCCCGCCAGUUUGGGAUGGCAGAUCUUGUUGAAGGACAUAAAGAUCUGCAGGAGAGGUGGCAGAGUCUUGGGAGGUGCAGUAAAUAUUGCAUUCACGCAGAAGAAGUCGGACAGAGGGCUGAAAGUAGAAAAAUGCAGGAUGCACAAGUUCAGGCCGAGAUGGCUCAAAGGAGGGAUACAGAUUCUUCAGCGGAAAAGAGAAGUUUUGUAUCGACAGGCACGCAGACUGUUAAUGCUGGUGAAAAAGCAGUGGGCAGUUCUCUCACUCUCUCCAACCAAACUAAACCUCCAACCCCAGAGCCUGCACCCUCUGUCGUUCAAAAUUUAGAUUUUUCUAUCUUAUUACAAUCCCAAAACAUCACACUUGAGAAACAUUUGUGCUCCACUUUUUCUCCACUCAUUCCCAGGAUGCUGAAUGGAGCACCAACCGAUGGAGAGUCUACAUCAUACCAGUCAUCUGACAGUAUAACAAAUCCAACUCCAAUCUCACAAGUGUCCAAUAACCUGACUUUCCCUGUUUCCCUCAAUGACGCCUCCAACUCCCCGACGCCUGAAGAAGACAGCACCUACCAGCAGCCAUCUGAGUUUGUGGACAGCAUACAGGUGUUGGCUGAGGAAUUGGCAGGAUUGGAGGAUGGACAAACAAAUGACCAGAUGUCUGAAAAAAGAGAUGAAGGAGAAGUGAUGCUAGGAGAGGAGAAAGGAAAGUCUACAGAGAAGAGGUGUGCAAAUGCCAAUACAGGGAUGAAGAGCCUUACUAAUAUGAAGCAGCUGCAGCAGAUGAUGGAGACAACGCAGAUUUCUAUCAAGGUGAAGCUGAGGAGGAGGAGGCCAAAUGGAGAGAUGUGGGAGGUGGUGAGCAUGCAAGACACAGAUGAGACGUUGUCAGUUGUCACCUCCCUGACGCAGGAUGGCUCCAACCACAAAAGGCCACAGAGAGAACUCACAAACAUCCAGCCUCCCCCCUACAUUGCCCACCGGUGCGCACUUCAGAAACCAGAGACCCAGAUUCCCCAGCCUGCUACCACCAACUCCCCUAAACCACCACCUCACCCCAACACCUCAUCUGAGUCUCAGCCACUCUCCAGUGACUACGUCACCCCAAACCACAACGAAGAGCUCCUGUCAGCCCCUCUCCCCCAGCCUCGGGGCCCUGUAGAGGAGUCUGAUGAGCAGAUAGAGAAGCUGUUAGAGGACAUCAUGAUGGGCCUGAACAUCCUGCCCAACAUGGAGAGAGACUGCAAGAAGUCACAUAACCCACCGACCCAUAAUGGAGCCAUUUGCCAGGUCCCAGUUGCAGAGAAUGAAGCAGGUCAGAUACACGCUGCCAUCACUGCAGAGGACUGUGUAUGUUACCAGGAUUUAAGGACAAAGAGUGGCCAUUCAUCAACAGAUACAGGUGUCUGUUGUUGUUUUACAGCUCAGAACCAGCCUAGCUGCACAAGCCUUUCACCUGUACCACCAGAUGCUGUGCUAAUCCAGCAGCAGCAGCAGCAGCAACGCUCUCCUCAGCAUCACUCGGCUGCCUACAUGGGGCAAACAGAUGGAAUGCUGCUGUCCAAAAGUCAAAAUAGUCUAUAUCCUGAAGCACUCACAACAAGCUCAGUCAUAGCCUCAGCUCUCUACUCCACUGGGCAGGAACCACGUUACCCAGCAUCCCAGGUGGCGUCUUCACAAGAGGAGCAGAAUAUCUUAGAGUUUUUACCUGUGUCGAAUGGAAAUGAGACACUGUCCUUGCAUUCUUUUUGCUUAUCUUGCAUGGAUGAUUUGCGGCUUCCUCCGUGUCUCUCUCCAUUGGAGGCAAAUACCUCAGCAGCAAAUCAGCCUGUCCUCAACAUCUCAAUCAACCAUGGCAACAACACUGAGCAACAGUCAUCUCGACAUGGGCGACCCUGGCUCACAGAAAACCCCGGAUCACUACAGUUUCCCCUCAGCGCUAUUGCUGAGAGAGAAAAUAAAUGCACAUCUUUGAAGCAGGAUACAAACCACGCCCAUUGGUUAAUGCAAUGCCCGGAACAUCUGCAGUUUAAUCAACAACAUGGAAGAACCUGUGCAGAACCUGGUGCUGAGAACAGGGUGGGAGAGAGAAAAACGGUAUCUGCAGGCAUUGAGAAUGCUGCAGAACUGAAAUCUGACCUCAGGAGAACAAAGAAAAGUUUAAAAUGUAAACAGUGUGACGCUAAAGUUGAUUCUGUAGCACCUAAAAGGAGGAAGAGAAAGUGCCCCAGUGAUCCACAAGAUACUGUUGGUUCUCUCUUGACAUACCCAAACUUGAAAGUCAGUGAUGGAACAAAGAAUCAAAUCAACUUGAGCGUUUGUUCAGUCAGUUUGUCAAGCAACAAUGUGCUGGCAAAUGAAAGAGAAGUGGCCAUCAGCUCUUCAAACAAGCCAUCCAAAUUUGGAGGGAAACCAAACCAGCAGUCAACCAUCACAGAAAAACUGAAAGAGAAAACCAGAGGCCCGGAGGAGUGUACAAAGUUGGUCAAUACUGACCAAACUCGGAUCAGAACAAGGGGUUUUCUGAGAAAAGCUCAAGAGACACCAAGUAACAAAAGCACAGAAAGUUCCCCAGUCCCUGUGAUCUGUAGAGCUACGAUUGUGACUAAACAAGUCUCUCUCUUCGGGCUGAAACGUGAAAGACGGAAGAAAACCAAGCUUGAAGAUCUCACCCAUCCAGACAGUGUUCCUCCCAUCAUUGAAAAAAAGAGCCACAAUGGGGAAAAUGAGCAGCAAACUGAAAAAGAUUUGCCAAAGGAGAGUUUGGAAAACAGUGAAAAAACAAAGACAGAGUGUAAAAAAAGGAAGAGGAAUAGAAGUGCAGAAGUGGAGUUAAUCCCAUUGAAGAAGACCAUUAGUGCUGAGAGCACUGCUGAGGCAGAGAAUAACAAUGACAUAAUCCCAGCAGUAAGAAAAGUAGGGACACCAAAACAGAUGGUCUCUUUGAAGGAAUUUCAAAAGCUUAUCAAACGUCAACACUCUAAAACAAGGAAAUCAAAAGAAAACCAUAAAACAAAUGAAACUGUAAGAAAUACAGAAGAUAAAAUGGAGGCUUGUGAUAACACAGCCAGCAACUGUGAAGAAGAAUCAACGAAGGAGACAGAAAUGGACAUAGACGUCAUCCACCCUGAGAGCACGGGUGAGAUUGAAGAAUCUCAUGUCAUCUUCAAUGUCACAAUUGAUAAAAAUCACAAUCAAAUUUCCAAGAAAUCCACAGCUGAGAAUCACAGAUCACAAGAAGAUGACACAAACAGCGCUGCUGGUAAGGAGACCAGUUUGUUUGGUGAGGAGUGCCAUCCGGUGUUUCCCUUUGAUGUAUGUGAAGAAGAAGUGGCCAAACUGGCGGCUGAAGGAGGAGCUGAGAGCAAGCAGCCACUGAACAAUCAGGAUCAAGCACUGCCCUGUAGCACAGGAGUGUCUGAUAUAAUGCAGGCUGCCACCAACGACGACGGUUCCUCUGACAGCCAGCUGCCUCGAGAAGACAAAAAGCCUUUGGACCACAACUUGAACCCCCAGACCCCUGAGAGGACUGGUCCAUCUCUGUCUGGCGGGUUCAGCUGUAAUCAAGAGGAGGAGGAAGUGGAGGUGGACGUUCUGCUUUACUCCCCAGACAAAGUGCCUCAGACCAGAGAGUGUGAGGAUGGACUCGACAACAUGGCUCUAACUCCAGAUGAAGAAGAGGAGGAAGAUGUGAACGAGAUUGAUGUGACUGGAGAUGAGGCAGAGUAGCCUUUUGUAUGUGUGCAUAGUUUUUAUUAUGUUGUGUAACUCGUUUAGCACUUGGGUGUGCCAGUCCUAAUGUUCCCUGUGUGGUUCUGCUUUUAUUUCUGUUCACAGAGAUGUCAGAUGAAGUCUGUUUCAAUGUGAAGCUAUGUAUAAUAGAUUUUUAUAUAUUUCCUUUUUCUGUUACUCAACCAUCAGUCUGUGUCUGGCGAUCAUAAGCUGUGUGCAUGCAAGAGUCACAGGCUGCACACUGGUAAAUUGAGUUCCAUAUACAAGUUUCAAAUGGCUGUUUUAAUUUGCAUUGAUAAUAUGCUGAAAUAUUGAUACAAGAAGAAAAAAAACUUGUUUGCCCUUGUUUACAAUCAUUUAUAUUUGUCUUUUUUUUAAAUUUCACAUUUUCAGUCAAAUUUGGUCAGACUGAUGAAGGUAAAAAGCACUUUUACUGCACUGCAACUAUUGCAGAAAACAGAUCUUAUUUUGAGUCUGCACAGUGUUUAAUGUAAAUAACAUAAUUAUGGUUUAUUAAAAAACAGUCUAUUUUCA